UGGAGACUGUGUUUCCCAGGGGACCAUCUGGCCGGAGCUGGCCAGGGUGGCCUGGAGUGGCACAGGAGGGACAUCUCGUCUCAGGGACACCUUGUAGGGGGUGCCAUCUCACAACCGUGCUGUCUCAUUAUUGAGCUGAUUCAACUGCACCCGAAAUUGGUAGGUCUUGUGGCAGUCGAAGGGGUGCCAGUGACCAUCGGUUGACAGGUGAAAUAAACCAGACACGAAAGAAUGAAGAUCGUAUGAUCGUGCUUCCAUGAGCCCCAGAGCUCUGGUCGGCCGGUCGGCAGCCCUAUCGCACCUGGAACGAGCUGCUUCUUGCGCUGCAGCAGGAGCUGGUGCUGCUGAAAUGGACCCGGUGAGCUUCGGGGAUGUGACAUUAAACUUCACCAAGGAGGAGUGGAGCCUGCUGGACCUGGAGCAGAAGCAUCUUUACCGAGACGUGAUGCUGGAGAACUUCCGGAACCUGGCCUGCAUAGACUGGGCGAUUCGGCCUAAAACCAGAGACUCCAUCUCUCAGCCGGACAUUCUCACUACAACCACACGCUGUGCAGCCGGCGGAGUGCGUCUCGAGAGCAACAGCGCCACCCCAGGAGGAGACUGGAAACGCCCCGGGACGCGGGAGCCCAGCGGGCAGCUCGUGCAGGAAGGGCCUCGCGCCGCAGCUGCCCGAGGGGAGGACCGGUCCCUGGCUCCAGACCCUGCGCGUCCCGAAAUGAGGGAGCGCCCUGCAGCGAGCCCCGAGCUCAUGCCUUCACGGGCAGAUUCCGCAAGAAACUACAGGCCCCCAAACACUUGGAAGCCAAGUCGUGUCUCACCAAGUAACCGCACAACCUCUGAAAACAGCAAGGACCGUAGAGGAUGGUGGCGGAACGUUCCAUCAGCUCCAAGGGAGACAGCGCCACCAGAGGCGCAAUCCAGCGCACGGGUGGACGCCCAGAACCACGGGCUUCGUCUUCACGAUAAAAAGUGUGCGGGUGCUGAUGUCCCUGGCUGGGACCUACCGGAAACAGUCUUCGCCAAAGACGGUGCCCUUGGGACAGACGAAACUCAGGUCAAAGAGAAAACGCUCGCGCUGAACGUAUUUGAAAGCACCUCUCGAGGCAGCUCGCCCCGGGGUGUGCGGAUGCCAUCUUACACCGCAGAGGCAAAAAAUGAGAACAGCCAAGGUGGGAAAACCUCUGCCCACGGGGCAGCGUCUGAGCCCCACAGGAGUACCAGGACCGGAGAGAAGAACUACAAGUGUGAAGACUGCAGGAAAACCUUUGCUUACCACUCCUUCCUGAUGCAACACAUGAAAAUCCACACUGGAGAUAAACCCUAUGAAUGCGAGACGUGCGGGAAAGCCUUUCGAUACUCCUUGCACCUCAAUAAACAUUUCGCGAGGCACCUGGCGGAGAAGUCCCAUAAAUGUAAGGAGUGUGGGAAAGCUUUCCGGAAGUCCUCAGACCUGACCAAACACGUGAGGACUCACACUGGAGAGAGGCCCUAUGUCUGCAAGUUAUGUGGAAGAGGCUUCGCCGUUCAUUCAGGACUUAAAAGCCAUCUAAGGAAGCACAGCUGAGCCCUGGCUGGUGUAACUCAGUGGGUUGAGCCGGGUCUGAGAACU